AUGGCCUAUCUCGGUUCUCCCGCAGCAAAUCAGCCUGCUACCGAUUUCGCAAACAUCCACCAACCCGCCGUCCCCUCACAACCUCUCGACGACACCCCUGCCGCCACCAUGGAUCAAGAAACCUCCAUCACCCAGAAGAUGCUGUCUGCCGUCUCUGGCAGCAUCCUGACCUCAUUACUCGCUCAAUCCGGUCCGUCUCCCCUCAAUGCUUCUACCCAACCCUCCUUCGCCCGGCUCCCUCCCAAUCUCGGCAUUUCCGCCUGCUGUAGAGAAAUAUACUACGUCCCCAAUCAGAGCCCCUACUGCAUGGCCUCAUCCGCUGGUCUUACUGUCGACCAAAUGCUUAUUUCUCAAUGUGCGGCAGAGGAGACUGAGCGAAGAACCUUUAAUUCAACCAUCGAUGGCUUGAAAAAGAUUGCCCGGAACGAAGGUCUCACAACCCUGUGGCGUGGCUUGAGUCCCACCCUGCUCAUGUCCGUCCCUGCCAAUGUCAUCUACUUUGCUGGCUACGAUUGGUUGCGCGCAAAUCCGAACAGUCCCAUGAAGGAUCGCGUAUCCGACAACUACGCUCCGCUCUUUGCUGGUUCAAGCGCCAGAAUACUGGCCGCCAUUGUCGUCAGCCCCGUCGAAAUGUUCCGUACACGAAUGCAAGCUAGCCACCCCGAGGCUGCCACUCCGACUGGUGUGUUUAGAGACACAUUAUCUGGUGUUCAAGAUAUGGUCAAAGCAGAUGGAUACCGCGCCUUGUGGAGAGGUCUCGGUUUGACACUCUGGCGAGAUGUGCCCUUCUCUGCCUUGUACUGGUGGGGUUAUGAAUAUGGCAGACAGACGUUGCACAACGCAAGAGAAGGUCCUGCUUCCCACGAACCAACAGGCAGCUUGAAGAACCGCGCUGUCAGCGAGCUGGACCACAAGACUGUCCUGGUCGACAGCUUCAUCGCUGGCGCAAGUGCUGGAGCCGUCGCUGCUUUCGUUACCACUCCCUUCGACGUCGGCAAGACUCGCCAACAGGUCGCUCGCCAUUCUGCCGACUCUGCAUCUUCCGCUGUCGCUGCUCUCCGUCCCGAGGACAAGCUCAUGCCGCGAUUCUUGUGGCACAUCUACAAGACCGAAGGUGCCGCCGGCUUGUUCAAGGGAUGGGCUGCUCGCACAAUGAAGGUCGCACCCGCCUGCGCCAUCAUGAUUAGCAGUUACGAAAUUGGCAAAAAGAUGGCUGGCAGCAUGAACGAAAAGGCUGUCAAGGAGUCAUCAGCCUAA